AAAUGUCAAAUACAGCUCGUCUGAAGGAGGCCGCUGAAUGUGAGCGUAAAGCUGAAGAUUGUAUGAAGACUUCAAUGAUUAAGCUCAAAUUUAAGCCUGAUUUUGAUGGAGCCGCUUCGGCGAUGGAGAGGGCUUCUGUUUGUUAUAGAAACGCUCAGGACCCGAAAAAAGCAGCCGGUUCUCUACUGAAAGCCGCCGAAUAUUAUGAACAGAAUCGAAAUUUAUUCCACGCUGCAAAAGCCCGCGAAGGAGCCGCAAUGUUGCUUCGUGACAUCAAAGAAUUUUCAGAAGCCGUCGUUUUAUUCGAAAAAGCAAUUAAUGGUUAUGCGGAGAGUGGAAGUCUCGAUACGGCGGCGAUGACUGUCGAAAAAGCUGCAGAUGUUCUGAAAAAUGAUAAUCCUAAGGAAGCACUUCAGAUUUACCAACGUGGAUUGGCUUUGGUCCAACAAUCGGAUCGUGCAAAAAUGGCGAGCAAUUUCUUGAAACAAAUCACAAAAUUAUCACUACAAUUGACUGAUUAUAAAGGAGCACUCGGAUCGAUUCGGGAGGAAAUUGAGAAAUUCGCCGAAAUUCGGGAAUAUCCACGUAUUGGCCAACUCGGAAUCGGUCUUGUUAUAGUGAAUUUGGCUCUGGAAGAUUCAGUGGCGGCUCUCAAAGAUUAUGGAUGGGUUAUUUGUCAAUCUCCGGAUUUUCAAACAUCAGAAGAUGGACGUGUAUGUGAGAAUCUUAUCGGAUUCUAUGAGGCUGGCGAUGAUGAAAGUUUCCAGAAUGUACUGAAAUGUGGAGCCCUACGGUCUAUGGACAAUGAGUAUCUCCGAGUGAUGAAAAUUCUAAAAGCACCGUCUGGAAAUGCGGGACUCGGUGACGGACAAGAAGAUGACGAUGAUGAAGGAUUAUGUUGA